AUGUCGACAGGACGUACAAGAACCAUUCGCAAUCUUUAUGGACAACGGUGUGCUAAUCGUUUGGAAUCGGCCCUUGACACUACACUGCGUCGUAGUCAGCAACGCUCCGGUUCCAGUUCCAUUAUAGAUUUCUCCGACAACGGACCGCCGCACAGACCGACAUUAUUCGAUACUGCCGGACAGCGAUCCCCAUUCAGCAGCAACAAUUACAACGAAGAAAUCCAACAGAUAGUCUCCGAGUACAAGCACAAGCUUAGCAACAAUCCUGCCACUAGCGGUGGUUCCCCCUCAUCUUACUUUCCCCCAUCCAGCCCCACAAACUCGCUGGCCGCCGCACAGGUCGAGGUGGCAAAUUUAAGAGUACGAAUCCCGCAAAACCAUCACUGGGUCGUGGUCGAUCGGUGCCAGUUCAUCGAACACAAUCGUACGCUGGAUACGAAGCUCGAGUUCCCCGAUCUGCAGAUAAGCGGACGCGUGAUAAUGCAUCCAUCGGGGGGCCGGUGUGACAUGAUUUUACGGCUGCGUCGUGCGGGUAUCGAAUUUCGUACCAUACCGCUCAUUCCUUCGGGUGUUGGUGAACGAAGCCGCCAGGCGAACGUGCGCACGGAUUCACAUUUUUCCGAACCCGGAUUCAUAUCCGUGUUUGCCCAUAGCUGUGAGGGGCCGAGCGGUAUAAAGUAUCGGAUUAAUUCGAAACGGCGUCACUUUUUCAACCGCCAACCGGUAGCAAUCUCCCCUUCCUACUACGGGCGAGAUCGACGAAGGUCACUCGACUACCUCGAUGAAGAUCUGGUCGCCAACGAUGGACUGAAUGAUGUGUUUAAGCUUAAUGACGGUGACGCCCUAUUUCUGUCGCCAUCUACAUUCGUCAAUAUCGAUGGAGAUGAUCAGGAUGGGUUCGGAACAGGCGCAGCGAGUAGUGCCAAUCAGGAUCCGAACAGUAGAACAUUCUUCGCGGAAAGAAACCCCUUUUCCUAUUCGGCUUACGGUGGACCUCCAAACAGUUACGCGGGUGAGCAUGCCAAUCCGGACAAAGGUUGGCAAAAUGUGGAAACAAACGAAGCAUUGGAUGAUGCUUAUUCGAAUGAAAUUGAUAACCUCUUUUCGAAGGGAGUGCGAGGCCUGCUCACCACCUACAUGCAAAAAGCCCUCCAACCCGCCAUCAAGGAAACGCUAAUGGAAAGCAUGGGCUAUACGCUGUCGUAUGGUUAA